AUGGUCCAGAAAUCCGUUCUUAUUACAGGCUGCAGCGAAGGCGGAAUAGGUGAUGCCCUGGCCAAAAGCUUUCACAAAAGGGGCUUUCGCGUCUUUGCCAGUGCCCGCAAUCUUGCUAAGGUUCAAAGUCUCAAAGACAUGGGUCUCGACAUCUUACAACUCGAUGUCACGGACGAAGACUCGAUCAGACAAGCUGUGUUGACUGUCAAGGCCGCAACUGGGGGUCAUUUGGAUUUCCUAGUCAAUAACUCGGGUGCUGGUUACAGCAUGCCUUUAUUGGACUCGGAUAUUUCAAUAGCGAAGAAAAUGUUCGAUGUGAACGUCUUCGCUGUCGUGACCGUGUCUCAAGCCUUUGCGCCUCUUUUGAUCGCUUCGAAAGGGACUGUCAUUAACAUUGGGUCUGUGCUUGGCAAAAUGCCGUUCCCAUGGCAAGGCCUUUACAAUGCCAGUAAAGCUGCAGUCGCUAUGAUCACUGAUCAAAUACGCAUUGAGCUCUCUCCUUGGGGAGUCCGUGCAAUUCUUGUCAACACUGGCGCAAUAAAGACGCACUUUUUCGACAAUCUGCCAAGCAAACCAGUUUUGCCUGAAAAUUCUCUUUAUUAUCCAGCCAAGGAUUUGAUUGAGCCAGCAUUGGCCGGAAGCGAGGUUGAGGGAAACGCCAUGGAGGUUAACUCGUAUGCUGAGGUCGUUGUUAACAACGCGAUCCGUUCAAAUCCCAAAAAGCAUCUUUGGUCUGGAGGGGGCGCUCUCCUGACUUGGUUAGCUUCUACAUUCGGCUGGUCCACUGUCUGGGAUGUUCUAAUGCCUCGUGUCGCUAAAUUGCCGGACAUAAAGGACAUGAUCUAUGCUUCAGAGAAGGCGGAACAAGAUCGCCAAAAGGCAAAGUAUUAG